AUGACUGCUGCUGCUGCAGAGGUUGCUCGAACUGUCGUCGGCAUCUUAGGAAACAUCAUCUCCGGCUUCCUGUUCUUGUCUCCAGUGCCAACGUUUGUGGGAAUAUGGAAGAAAGGGUCGGUACAGGAAUUCUCGCCGGUGCCGUACUUAGCGACGCUGGUUAACUGUAUGGUUUGGACGCUGUACGGCCUUCCGAUCGUCCACCCUCACAGCAUCCUUGUCGUCACCAUUAACGGCUCCGGCGUUGUGAUCGAGAUCGUCUUCAUCGCCCUCUUCCUCAUCUAUUCUCCUCCCAGAAAGCGAGUCAAGGUCCUCGCCUGGUUCAUCCUCGAGCUCAUCUUCAUCGCUACUCUUACCGUCCUCACUUUAACUCUCGCUCAUUCUCACAAGAAACGCUCCGCCAUCGUCGGAACCCUCUGCAUUAUCUUCAACAUCAUGAUGUACGCUUCUCCUUUAGCGGUCAUGAAAUUGGUGAUCACCACGAAGAGCGUUGAAUUCAUGCCCUUCUUCAUCUCUCUCGCCGCCUUUGGAAACGGCGUCGCUUGGACCACUUACGCUCUUAUUCGUUUUGAUCCUUUUGUCACUGUGCCGAAUGGGCUUGGGACGUUAUUGGCGGUGGCUCAGCUUAUUCUGUAUGCUACCUAUUACAAGAACACAAAGCGGUUGUUGGCUGCGAGGAAGGCCAAAGGAUCAGAGAUGAAUAAUCUGUCGGAAGUUGUCGUCGGAAAUGGAAGCCGAGGCCCCGACAAGAUUGAGGCUGCUCCCAAAUAAUAUGAUUAACAGGGAGACGUCUGUUAUAUAUAAAAAUAUAAUAAUCCUGCUGGAUUUUAGGUGGCCAAAUUAGAGCAUGAGUCUUUUGUUGUCCCACCAUUAUUUUCUAAUCUCUCUACUGCUUUAAUCCCCUCCAGAUUUAGCUUUGAUGAGUAUGAGGUUUUGUGGUCCUCAGUCUGAACGCUGAGGAAGGAAAAUAAAAUAAAGGAAAGCGUGCAUGUUCGUAUCUGCU